GGAUUUUUUUGGUGAAAAUCCUGAAUAUUCAUCUCCCUCUCUCCCUCUCUCUCUCUCUCUCUCUCUCGGUGAAUCCUGAAUAUUCAUCUCCCUCUCUCUCUCUCUCUCUCUCUCCAUUUUCAAGAAAAUGGCCAUGACCAAUCUUCUAUCCACAACUCCAACCCCCCUCACCUUCUCUCUCAUCAAUCUCAAACACCCAUCACCUCUCCUCUCUCUCUCAACAAAACCCAGAACCGCAACCAGAAAACCCAGAACCCUAACCGUCCAAUCCAAAGGCAACAAAAACGACGACUCACAAACUGACCCCGCCGACCGCCUUAUCUCCGCCGUCACUUACUUCUUCCCCUUCUUCGACGGCAUCCAGUACGGCAAAUACGUCAUCACCCAAUUCACCCCUAUCCAAACCCUAGUCCAACCCUUAAUCCCCUCAAUUAGGGCUUUCAACAGCAUCCCCUUCAAUGGGUUUCUUGUCUUUAUAACCCUCUAUUUUGUCGUGGUCAGAAACCCUAAUUUCAGCAGGUACGUGAGGUUUAACACGAUGCAGGCUAUAAUCCUUGACACACUGUUGAUUAUCCCUGAUUUGGUGGUGAGGGGGUUCAAUCCAAAAGAUGGGAUUGGGUUGGAUUUCAUGAUGAGUUUGGAUAGCACCGUGUUUUUGUACCUUUUGGUGUGCUUGGUUUAUGGGUUUGGUUCUUGCUUGUUUGGUCAAGUGCCCAGAUUGCCGAUUGUCGCUGAUGCCGCAGAGCAAGUUAUGUGAAGUAAGUUUUCUUUUCUGCAACACGAAUACUUUGGUGAUCACGUUUGGUGACCACAUUUUGUGUACCACACAAUGAGUUGCGCCCCAUUUGUCAUGUAAUCGAGCACAUUAUACCAAUGCAAAUGUGACCCGUCACAUGGUCACCUUAGCAUUGCUCAUGUAAUUCAUUUUGUUGAGGUAGAAAAUGUUGAUUGAUUUUGUCUAA